AUGCACAUUGGUAGAGUAACCAGCUCAUUGUUUGGGGAUGUAAUGUCUUCAGGUCCAAGUCCAACAUCUUUGAUAAAACAGAUAGUUGAGGGGUCAAAUCUUGAAAAGUACACAAACCUGCCUGCAGCUGUGCAGUGGGGAAUUGACAAGGAAGGUCAAGCCAGAGAGCAGUACAAGAAGAUUAAGAAAGCCAUUCAUAAAGUCUUUGAAAUCCAACCAACUGGUCUGACUCUGUGUGGAAGCCAUGCCUUUCUAGGGGCGUCCAGUGAUGGCAAAGUAACUGAAGGGGAUAAUGUAGGUGUACUGGAAAUUAAAUGUCCAUAUUCUUUAAAGGGUACUCUAAUCAAUAAAAAAGAGAUUCCAGAGAUAAUGACCAUGGGAGACAAAGCUUUCUGUCUUGAAAAUACAAACACAGGGCAAAGACUUAGACAUUCCCAUAAAUAUUAUGCUCAGGUACAGGGAGAAAUGGCAAUAAUGGGUUUACCAUGGUGUGAUUUUGUAGUCUGGACAGAGGCAGAAAAAAACAACAUAUGCAUUGAAAGGAUAAACUUUGAUGCCAGCUAUGUCACUAAAAUGAUGCCUAAACUACUUGCAUUUUACAUGGAGCAUAUUUACCCUUUUUAUUACAAGUAA